AAGUAAAGCUUCCAAUACGCAACUCCCUUUCGUUUUCGCAUCGCCCUCUCUCCAUGGAACACCACGAUCACGAAGACUGCUCCAAAUCCCCCCAAACCCCAUCCCCGCCCCCCAGCACCAGCACCAGCACUGGAGCUUGCUGCAAAUGUGGCGGUCCCCCACCAGCUGCCCCCGCCCCAGUGGUUCUGAAAAUCAGCCCGCCCCCAAUCUACCGACCCAUCCGCUCCCCAGCCUUGAAUUUGCCCCCCAACACCCACUCCCAGCAAGCCAUAAUUCUCGCCCCGGUCCCCCACUCCCAGAAGGUCCCACUCGUCUCCCAUCCCUGCCAAUUCCAAACCCCAACCAAAAUAAUCCAAUCCCCCGAUGACAUCCGUCACUUCCACGACUCCGACUCCGGCAAAAACUUUAUCGGCUUCGUUGUCGCCCUCUCCGAGUCCAUUCGCGGCCACAAGAUCUCCGACCCCUGCCACGUGUCCCGGACGAUCAACUCCAUCGUCUCCAUCCUCGAAACCCUAAUCCGUUGGAUUGACGAAAUACCUCCGCUCCAGCAACCCUCUCGCUACGGUAACCUCUCUUACCGAACCUGGCACGAGCGCCUCACCGAGACCAGCGAGUCCUUGAUGCUCGAGUUCCUCCCCGCCGAUCUCCAAUCCGCCACGGUCGAGAUCGUCCCGUACUUCGCUGACAGCUUCGGGAAUUCGAGCCGUAUCGACUACGGUACAGGCCACGAGACCAACUUCGCCGCGUGGUUGUACUGCUUGGCUAGGUUGGGGCUCAUCAAAGAGGAGGAUUACCAAGCCGCGGUGGCUAGGGUUUUCGUGAAGUAUCUAGAACUGAUGAGGAAAUUGCAAUUGGUUUAUUGCCUGGAGCCAGCGGGGUCGCACGGGGUUUGGGGCCUCGACGACUAUCAUUUCCUGCCGUUUAUCUUCGGGUCGUCCCAGCUGAUCGAUCACAAGUAUAUGAAGCCCAAGUCGAUUCAUAAUCAGGAUAUACUGGAUAAUUUUUCGAACGAGUAUCUGUACAUUGCGUGCAUCGCGUUUGUGAAGAAGGUGAAGAAAGGUAUGUUCGCGGAGCACUCGCCGUUGUUGGAUGAUAUAAGCGGAGUGGCUAAUUGGAACAAAGUGAAUAGUGGGUUGCUGAAGAUGUAUAAGGUGGAGGUCUUGGAGAAGGUCCCUAUCAUGCAGCAUUUUCUGUUUGGCUGGCUUAUUAAAUGGGAGUAGUGUGCUUUAUCAGCUUACUGGGACAUUUGCUGUGGAACCAAGAAAGUUGUUUCUCACCAGGUUUCAUCCAAUUUUUAGAGUAGAAAGUUGGCAAAUUGGAAAUAUACCUUUGGUAGCAUGAAUCAGUUGAGUUUUUUUACCUUUUUGUUUUCCUCGAUGGUUUAUUUGUUGCUAUAUUUCACAGUUAAUGGAAGUUUGGUUCCAUUUCAUUUAAUAUUUAAUAUGAUAGAUAUCCUUCUUUCCGUA